GUUCGAUUAUUUCUUGUGAUUGUUUCAAGCUCUAAUUUGUAAAGCUUUCGAGUGUGAAGUGCGUAAGAAAGAGUGUCGGCCUGUAUUCGAGUUCCUGGUUAUUGUUCCAGUCAUUUUACUUUGUUUAUUCGUUUGGUAUAUAAAAUGGACGCUCCGAAGAUCCACAAUAAUCGAUUCUAUUCCAAGUGUAGCGACUGUCACGUUCACUUCAUCAAGAAUGAAUUUAUUCCCGACGAUCGAGUGUUUAUGUGUACCCCCCAGUCUGCAGAAUUGGAUAUUAUCGUCGAGCGAAAAGAACAGAAAUUAUUUCCAUUUAUUGGAUUCAACUACGAAUGCCCGAUCCGUCAUCGAAUUAACGUUCAAGUCGAGUCAUUGAGUUUUUCGGAAGCUUUGAAAAAAGCUGCGUUCGAGUUUUUGCUCAAUAAAGUCCGUCUAUGCGUUAACGAAUUUCUGACGUUGACUUUUGGCUGCGACUACUUACUCGAUGAAUUUAAGCCAACCACAUUCGACCGUUCGCUGAUUCGUUCCUUCUCAACUUUCGUACCUAAUGAAUUGUUGAUCAUACCGAAUAUGGAUGAAUUUAUCUCCUGCGCAUUCAACGAUUUACCGAUUUCUAUCAGACCCGAGAAUCCAGAAGCUCCUGAAAGAUCAUCUAUUUCGAAUUCGAAUUCUGAGUCAUCGAGCAUCGAAAAUCAGUUGAAGUCAUCUUUAAAGAAAACAAAAUCGAAAACUGAUGACGACGUACAAUUUGGAAAAAAGAAACCAGCUGCGAAAACACCGGCGGUAGACUCGAAUGUAAAAAAGAACGUUUCUUUUGGUUCGAAUAUGAAUCUUUCGUUGAAUUCAGGCGCUUCGACUUCCAAGCAAUCUCUCGCUUCUCCGGACACGUCGGUACCAAAUGCGAAAAAAUCUGCCACCAUACCUGAGAUCAUCGAACCUCGAUUCAAGCCGAUUCCUUCUAACGCCAUUCAAGUCGCUCCGGAAUAUUUGAUCGACGAAGAUAGAAUUCCAAUUAAUCGUAUUCACGCCUUCAUCCCAUACUAUUACGAAGGAGAACCUUUAAGAAUAAAUUUCGAUUGUCCGGUGAGUGCUUUUCAGAAUCUAUAUAUCGAAAUUUGGCGCGGUUUAAACAGAGGCAUAUACCAACAAUUCCAAAUCAUUGAGCCGAUGAUCGAAAGUUACAACCGACGUCAAACCUACGAAAUACCGAGAAUCGAGACAGAGGCUAAUGCGUGGAAAAACCACUUGAACCUCGUGAGAAACACAUUUGAAAAUGAUUCCCAUAACGCUCGAUAUUUGUACGGACCGAUUUGGACUUACAUAAGUUUACGAGAUGCUUUAGCAUGGCCAUUUACCAUCCUGGGCAAAGUGCGAAAUCAACCGAUCGAAGUAAUUUACGAUUCCCGGUUACAGCAUUCUCUCGUGUCGAAUUCGGUGGUCAGUUACUUGGCUUGGUCGAAUCCGGGGUUGAUUACAAAGCAAGCACUCGAAGCGGAGACGGUGAUUUAUAUUCCUUGGCGCGACGAUUUUCGAGUAAAAAGUAACUUUUCAGUAUAUUUUCCGAUCACUCUCAACCCUGGAAUGCCAGGAUACGAAAAUGACGAGCAUAUCGUCAACUGCUACGUUACUGAACUUCACCCUUAUCGGAUUUCUGGUGAAGUUAAAGGUACCAUAAUUCUCGGACGGAAUUUUACAUCGAAUAUUAUCAAAUACGAUGAUAAUAAGGUCGAAUUUACGCUCAAAGGUACGCGAACAAAUCCUACUCCUCGAAUAGUCCGUUGCAAGAAGAUGUUGCCAUUGAUUCGAGUAGAUGGCAUCUUAAACACCCUUCGAAUAAUGUCACCCGAUCAACUUCGAGCGGAAUUCGAACACAUAAUCCUCUACAUUCGAGCGAAAAAGACGAAGGAUGGAGUGGACGACGGUCGCUACGACGGUAAAUAGGUUUCGUUCCUUUUUCGAGUUUGUACAAUGUUAUUGUUUCUUUUUCGAGUAUUUUUUGUAUUUUUUCUUUUUGUUUUUCUACUGAUUUUGACUAUGUACCCGAUUAUGACGUUUUUUCUCGAUUGUGACCUUUUUUGUAUUUGUAAUUUUUGUUUAAAUCAGCAGCUGUGAUUUAUGAUCUUUUUAUUUUAUAAUUUUCGAGUUUUUUAUCUUUAAUUUUUUAUCAAAUUUUUGUACUUGUUAUUCGAAGAUAUUUUUAAUUUGAAAAUUUUCCAAAGUACAACUUUUUCCCAAUCUCCUCACUUCAGUUUGCCAGGGGAGAAUUUUAUGUAGCAUAGGUCAUGUUAAUUUGCCUGAAUUUAUUUGGGUAGAUUAACCUAUCUACAUAUUGUUCAAUGAUUCUGGGCUUAAGUGAUGAGAGUGGGGAAAAGUUGAACUUAUGGACGUUAGGUAAGUCCUACCUAACGUAGUAGGUACCAAUAAUAAUUCGAAUGGUGAUUAGUACGGACGUUUUGAAGUGUUACGCGAUCGCGUUAUAUAAUUAAUCCUUUUUCUUUUCAUGUUUUUAUUUUUCUAAUAAUGUUUCGAGUAAGAAUAAAAUGAAUUAGUUUCGAGUGUUAAA